GGAUUUCACUUGAAUUUUGAGGGUGAAAUUACAAGACAACUAGAAUAUGUCAAAUGAAAUUUUCUGUUUUGACAACAGCAGUAUUUUGGCAAAAGUAAAUUUUCGAAUGCGUCAGAUUUUGGCAGCAAAAUUCUAAGAGUACACAAUAAAUUAUAAAGUGAAGCUAAAUUCUUGUUGGUAAAAUGGUUGAAGAAAAAGAAUCAGAUCAGGAAAAUCCCCAGCGGAAAAGUGUAUCAGCAGAAGGAAGAAAGGAGAGUCAAAGGAUAUCGGUGUCCCAAAAUAGACCCCCAAUCUCGGAUACUUCCAAUCCUAUCAAAAAAGAUCCAGUCAGUGAACAGAAGAAAAAAGAUGAGAAAGAUAUGAGAAAAACGCAAGUCAUACCACAAAAAGAGAGCAAUCUAAGUACUCAGAUUAAACCAACCCUCAGUAAGAGGAUAGAUCUGAAGUUUGUGGAUGAUGGUACUUAUAAGGAAGGGGAACCUAGAUCAAAGUAUGUGGUACCAAGGACUAAGAGACAACAAAGAUAUUACGAGAAGAACAGAGCAAAUACUGCUAAGAAAUUUUGCAAAUAUAGUUCGUCAAAAGUACCAAAACCGCAACCGGAUAGAAAAAUGGAUUUGAAGAUUGAAGUACCAUCUCCAGAACCAAGUCAGGCAAAAGUAACACCAAGGAGGGUUACUCCUACUGCUAGUAUGCUCUAUCCCUAUCCCCAAACUGACUCAGAACUGAAAAUCAAAAAACCGAAGAGCGGAAUCAUAAUCAAUGAAAAAGAAGCUGAGGGGCAUGAUUCUGACGAUGAUUAUGACAGCUUCGAUCUUGUUUUCUCGAGAAAACCUAGACCAAAAUCUUCUUCGAGAAAAAGAUCUAAAUCGAGAAAACACGAUGGACUAGAAGACAUUGUGGAAGAUGAGGAAGAAGCAGAUGGAACUAGAGAGAAGAAGAAGAAAAAGAAGAAAGGCAAACAGAAAAAAUGUGGAAUGGAAGAGACAGCAGAGGGAGAAGCAGAAGAAGCAGAAGCCGAUGAAAAAGCGGAUUAUCUGACGAAACAAUUCAGAAGAAAAGUUUCUCAGAUGUCAGCUGCAACAUCGUAUCACAGCCAACUCAUCGAGCCAUCCGAACAAGAGAUGGUGGGUGAACCGGCUUUCAGCAAAUAUGUUCAAAAAUUCCGAAGGGAAUCUGAGAUGCAGCGAUACCAGCCGAUAAGAAGGAAAGUGAAGAGAGGGACUUUGGAAAGCCACUCUUUCACUGAUAUCAAUCAAGUAGUACUCAAAGAUUUUUUCUUUGGUUCCAAGGAAGGAACGAUGCAUCAAGGUGACCCUAGUUUUGCACCAUCUGUGAGAAACAUCCAAGGAUUGUGUAUGCCCGUGGCAGCGUACUGUUAUUCGAUACUAAAACACCCCAAUAAAUGGACCAGGGAAAACAUCGACGAAAUCCUGGGAUAUGGCAACGACUUAUUUUCACAAAGUGCCAGAGUUGCGCAUAUCCACAAUUUGUCGAAGCUGUUGGAAUUCAAUGAAUUGCAAAAGUAUUGCAUUAUAGGCGAGAAGAAAAUCCGUUUCACUGUAGACGAUCCCGAAGUGGCAGGCUACAUCCGAUCCGACGACAAAAAAGUCUACAACCUCACCAAGGCCCUAAGAAUCUUCUUCUCUCGCAACACGGCCGGUAUUCUCAAGACUCAAGACAUCUGCAUCGGUGUUUGGAAGCAUAAGUACUUCUACAUGUUCGAUGCCAGACCGAGGACGAGGGAUUUGUUUUGCUCGCCUUCUGGCACUGCCAUCAUGGCCAACUUCUACGACGUUUCAGCCCUGGCCACCGUCUUCCUCGCCAGGUCCAACUUCGGCAACUGGCCAUUCGUCAUCUAUCCCCUGAAGGCGUUGAAGGUGCUCAAUAGGGAUGAUCCAGAAGUGGAUUCCAAUGCCGCCUUGGAUGUUGCUAGCGAGUACAAUAUUUUGAACGCGAAUAAGGCUGUGGUAUUGGCGUCGUUAGAUCUGGCAGAUAAGUGUUUCGAUUUCAGCAGGAACAAGCAGUCUCUGGCCAUGGCUGUGGUUUGUUUGGCGUAUUCUCGUAUAACGCCACCUAGCGCCUGGCACCGCACUACCGUGGACAAGAUAAUGAUAAUCGGUAACCAGCUGUACCUCCAAUGCCUCGAAUGCGAGUCCAUAGUGGACCUGAAGCUGGACAACCUGCCUGCCCUGUUCACCAUCGGUCCCUACAUCGUCGAAAUAUACAUCUACGCCAACGUGUAUGCCGACCUGCUCUUCAGAUCCUGCUGUUGCCAGCUCAGGUGUUGCUUGGAGGAGUUCUUCGAGAAAUGUACGAACGCCAUAGUCCAAAUAGGCAAAGGAUUCUUGGCGGUGUGGAAGCAGCGGAACAUGUUUUAUUGCUUCGAUCCCUAUUCGAGGAACAACGAAGGGUACCGGUGUAGAGACGGAGCAGCCUGCGUAUCGAUGCAUUCCACUGUGGAGUCACUGGUGGAGGUCAUAACUACCAAUUUCGAUGACAAAGACACGAUUUUCUAUGUGCAUGCGAUGAAGGUGUGCAAGAUACACAGGGACCCGGCGCAGACUUCCAGGUUCCCCAAGCACCUGGCCAUGGACGAUAUAGCGGUGGAUGAGGUCAAGCAGUACAAGAUGAAGAAGUCGAAGAAAGCGGCCAUCGAGAAACCGGUCACCGUUGAUUAUUCGGCGUUGGCCAUGAGAAGGUUGUUGGCCGGUGAGAGUCCUCAGGACUCCAUUUUCGAUAUCGGUUCGACUGUUGAAAGCUUGGCGAUGGAACAGCUACCACCGAUGCUGCACAAGAAUGUGUCCAAGUCCAUUUUGAAGGCGCAUCCCAAAGUUGUUGAUGUCGUAGCUGAUUUGGACUCACCUAGCUUGUCCGAUACUCAGAUCGAGCCACCGCUACCUCAGCAGCCGAAGAUCACCGAAGACAUAGAGUUCUUGGACUUGGAUUCGUUCGAGCUGACCAUGGAAGAGAUCGAAUUGGAAGUGGUGGCACAACAGGAGGACGAAAAUGAGCAGCCCGAAGAAGGCGAAGGCAUGAUGAUGGCAGAGGGGGAAAGUGACUUCGAACAAGCGCCAGAGGAAGCUAACUUCAUGGGCUUGGGUGGGGAGGGCGAUGACCUCGACGAUUGGUUCUUCGCCACGGACAUGUAUUCGCAGUACUCCGGGAUCAAGAAGCCCAGUCAAAUGUCGGAACAAGUGAACACCGACAUCACUUACUUCCCUAUUAAACGCGAGAUCCUCUACCCCACUUACUUACGCGACAGGCAGCGGGUGAAGUAUCGCCUGCAGAAAUACAGAUUCACCGAGGAAGAUUGGGAGAACUAUCUUCCGCCCAGUCCCCCGGAAAUCACCAGGUCUGAGGAACUAAGGAAAGAAACGAACUUUGUCAACCUACCUGAUGAUACUCAAAUUAUCCUCGGUGGCAAAAACGUAGCUGAUGCUGGUGGCGAAGACGUUGAAUUCGUGGCACCUUUCGUGUGCAUCAUGGCCGGCGUGGUUGCCAAAAAGUACUCGAUAUCUUCUUGGACCGGAGAAAUCGUCGAUUACAUCAUCAAGUGCGGUAAUGAACUCCACGCAGCUUCCAAGUUCAGAUACGACCAGGUGUCCAAGCUGGAAAUACCUCGGAUAAGUCUGGGCAACACGGAUUUCACCGUCUUGGUGGAGUACAUCUUCGACAGCUACACCAGACAGAACAUCCUGGAGCUGGCUCUAGAGAAAAUCCUCUUUGUUAGAUCAGACGUGGGGAUCUUCGUGACGCCUGUGUACGCGUGCGCGGUUUUUUAUAAGAACCACCUCUACUACGUGUACGAUUGCUUCGGCAACAACGAGGUGGGAUUGAGCGAAGGACCCAGCGGGAAGGGCACGGCUUGCCUGGCCAGAUUCAAGGAUUUGCGUUCGCUGACGUCGAGGAUGAUGUACAAUAAGAGGAAGAGGGAGAGCUCUGAGGAGAUCGUUUACAGUCGAUUCGUGCUCAGUUCGGUGAAGGUCAAAGAGUUGAGAGACGCUGGUAAAGAGAAGAAAAAGAAGAAGAAGAAGAGCAAGGCGAGAAAAACUGAUGCUGCCAAGGACGAUGAGUAUUUAUAUCAAGGGGAAGACGAAAUGGAUGAGAUCAAGCCGGAAGAAGAGAAGAAGGAUGAGGAUAGCGUAGACGAAGACGAAAAGCCAGUCGAUGAAGACGAGAAACUCGAAGAGAAAGAAAAGAAAAAAGAGCCCGAAAACAAAAUCGGCUACCAAUACAAGAACGGCUUCUACACCAUCCAGGGAACCAAAGCGGUAGCAGGUCGAAAAACAGUAACAGAAGAACUCAAAGAGGACCAUUUCAUCUGCCUAUGCGCUUGCCUAGUGCUCCUCACCUGUCCUGUGAAGAAAUGGGACACCAAAAAGGUAGACAAAGUACUCGAAUACGGUAAGCACGUCUACUCGCACGCCGAAGACUUGAACAUCUCCCAAAAAAGAACCAUCAAGAACGUCCUCAUCGGCGAACACUUCUUCGAUGUGAUCGUCAAGAGCAUCAAAAUCGAGAACUGGAGAGACAACAAGAGCUUGAACGAGGGCAUCGACACGAUCCUAGGAAGAAAGAUGUCCUACUUCCUCGUCCAGUUUCCCAACGCCUGCUACGUCAUCCACAAGUCCUCCGACGCCAUCUUGCACUUGUUCGAUCCGUAUGGCGUGCCCAAGAGCCAAAAGGCCGGUUGGACGCGGUUCAAGGACGCGAGGCAUCUGAAGAGGCGAUUGAGGAGGAUUGUGGUGGCUGGCGGGGAGUCGUACAAGUUUUACACGUUCGAGAUGACUUCUAUUCAGAAGGCUCCUAAGGGGCUCGUGUUGAGUCACAAGCUGGAGGAGUACGAAAUGGAGGCAGCGGUAAAGAAGGAAUAUCAUGGUAAACCGUUUUACGAAGAUGUCGAAUGGCUGCAGACAGACCCAGUACCAUGGUCGAGAAGGAAAGACAAAUCUGCGUGCGGCAAAACUAGAGGGGCCUUGGAGAACAUGUGGUUCAAUUGGGACGAGGAGUACCCCAAGGAUCUGUAUUCUCUAGUCGGAAAUAUCCAUGAGUACAACGAAAGGUUCUCCAACAAGACGAAAGGUAAACAAACCCUGGCCAAUCUGAUAACAGCUAUCGGUAUGAUGGAGAUCUACGACCUGUCCGAAUGGAACUCCUCCGUGGUGGAUUCUGUUCUCGUCAAUGGCGAUCAUUAUUUCGCCGAUUGCAUCCAAGACAUUUCCGACGAAGACUACGAGAUCACGAUGGACGAUCUGAAGCCGGAUUGCAGCAUUUUCCCGUUCAGCUUCCAGGUGGCGUUGGCGCCAGUAGUGGAAGGCACCAUGUUCUUGGUCAGACUCACGCAGUUCAACUUGUACAAGGCACUCAGGUACUUCUUCGAUGGAUUCGAUGCACGGUACGGCCUCAUCUGCUGCACCAAAUCCGACCGGAAGAAGCACGUGGCCUUCGGCAAACUCCGCGACGCCGAGUACUUCGUGUUCGACAGCGGGUGUCGCGGCGCCCCGAUGUUCCCAGAUGGCGCUGGCGUCGCCUACAUCCUGAGGAUGACGACCUUGAACCGGUUGCUAUACGUGUUGACCUUGACGCUGCGCGGAGGCGAUUUUUAUGUUCACGAAGUGACGGUCAGUGAUUUGAAACCGAUGAGCUAGGAGUCGAGGAUUCAAUUCCAUUUCAAUAUUCAUAUGUCUGUGGAUUUUUCUCUCUUUUGCAUAUUUGUACAGUAAAAACCAAGAUGUUUGUUUGAAAAUAUACUUC